AUGACUACUAAUGCAGUCCGUGCUACUCAUGGGAAGAUGAAGAGCCCAAGGCUGUGUGUGAUACAACAGGAUAAAGAGGAAAGGCCCACAGCACUGGGCACCCUGCCUCCUCCACCUUCUAACAGGUCACUCCUGCUGCUGCUGCUGUCAAACCUGCUGUCGUGCAAGACCGUGGCCUCCCUGCCCGUCUGUCCCAGCGGAGCCGGCAACUGCCAGGUGUCCCUCCGGGACCUGUUUGACCGCGCGGUCAUCCUGUCACACUACAUCCAUAACCUCUCCUCAGAAAUGUUCAACGAAUUUGAUAAACAAUAUGCCCAAGGCCGAGGGUUCAUAACAAAGACCAUCAACAGCUGCCAUACUUCCUCCCUCUCUACUCCUGAAGACAAGGAGCAAGCCCAGCAGAUCCAUCAUGAAGACCUUCUGAACCUAGUACUCCGAGUCCUACGCUCCUGGAACGACCCCCUGUAUCAUCUAGUCACUGAAGUGCGAGGUAUGCAAGAAGCCCCAGAUGCUAUCCUGUCCAAAGCCAUAGAGAUUGAGGAGCAAAACAAACGACUUCUAGAAGGCAUGGAGAAGAUAGUCAGCCGGGUUCAACCUGGAGUCCAAGAAAAUGAAGUCUACUCCGUCUGGUCGGGACUUCCAUCCCUGCAGAUGGCUGAUGAAGACACUCGCCUUUUUGCUUUUUAUAACCUGUUCUACUGCCUACGCAGGGAUUCACAUAAGAUUGACAACUAUCUCAAGCUCCUGAAGUGCCGAAUCAUCUAUGACAGCAACUGCUAAGCCCACAUCCAGUCCACCUAUUUCUGUGA